AUGGUAUUCGAAAACCCCAAGAUCGAGAUUCCUCCUAACUGCGGCCGGCGGCUGAUGCCCACCGUGCUGGAUGAAGUUGCGGAAACUGACCCCCAGCGCGUGUUCGUUUCUGUACCCAAGAGCGCAAGCCUUGCGGAGGGAUUUGAAGACAUCACGUUCAGCACAUUUGCGAAAGCUGUGAACAAGUGCGCGUGGUGGAUUCGCGAGCAGUUGGGAGAGAAGUCGAUGCCGAAGACCAUGCUCUACAUGGGCCCAUUGGAUGUUCGGUAUCUCAUCAUUAUCUUAGCAGCUGCCAAAGCAGGCCAUAUGGCAUUCUUCAGCUCCCACCGCAACAGUCUAGAAGCUCACCUCUCUCUACUUGACAAUUGUGGAUGCGACACUGUCCUUAUCCCCAGCCGCUCCCCCGCAAUCCUCAAUCCUAUCCUGGCCGCUCGGCCAAUGCAGCAAAUCUCCACACCCGAAGUCGAUUUCUUUUUCGAGGAUUUAGACCAGGUCAAGCCGAUGCCGUUCAAUCUCACAUGGGAGGAGGCCAAGACUAAACCUUUCUGCGUUCUGCACACUUCCGGAUCCACUGGCAUUCCUAAGCCUGUCUUCGUCACAUACGGCACCUUUGCCAGCAAUGAUGCGCACCAACUCAUCCCGUUCCUGGGAGGAAAACCUACACUGAUAAACUACUUAUCCGGCCAGCGCCUUUUCCUAGCUCUACCCGUCUUCCACGCCGCAUGCCUGACCUUCACACUUGUUUUCAACAUUUUUGGCGGGGUGACCUGUGUGCUUCCACCUCCGGGUCCACUCACUGCAGAUCUGGCCAACGAAGUCUUCCUACAUGGCAACCUCGAUGGUGCCGUGAUGGCUCCCUCCCUCAUUGUUGACUGCUACAAUCAUAACACUUAUUGUGUGAACAUGGUCCAAAACCUCAAAUUUCUCGCCUACGUCGGUGGUGCUCUACCUGAGCCUGUCGGCAACGCACUCACUACCCGCAUCAAGCUGCUCACAAUGAUGGGCUCCUGCGAGACCGCACUGCACCCACUCGAGCUAAAUGAAAGCCCCGAUGACUGGCAAUACUUGACCAUCAGUCCCUGGCUCGGCCACAGCUUCCGUGAAGAUCGUGAUGGGCUCUCGGACUUAGUCUUUAUUCGUGACUCUGAUCCAAAAUAUGAGCCAUUCCAGGGCGUCUUCCGCACUUUCCCGGAUCGGACUGAGUUCGCCAUGGGCGAUCUUUUCGAACAGCAUCCUACCCGGCCAGAAGCUUGGGUCUUCCGCGCCCGCACAGAUGAUAUCAUCGCCUUUACCACUGCAGAGAAACUGAAUCCAAUCACUAUGGAGAGUGUGAUCGCCACCAAUCCCAAGGUCAAGGGCGCAGUCGUGGGCGGACAGGGCCAGUUCCAAGCUUCGGUAUUGAUUGAGCCUUACAUCCAUCCUGCCAACAAAGAGGAGGAGGAGAAUUUUAUCAGGGAUAUUUGGCCCAGUAUCCUGCAGGCAAACCGCGAUUGUCCAGCUCAUGGACGCAUCAUGCGCGGGUUUGUCAUGUUGACUAAGCCCGAGAAACCGAUGCCAGUGGCUGGAAAGGGUACUGUGCAGCGACACCAAGUGUUGAAGCUGUAUGCAGAAGAGUUCCAGGAACUAUAUGAGCGGAUGAGACCGCAUGUGAAGAAGGAGGUAGCUACGGAGAAAGAGCCACAGCCGCAAGUCAACGGGGCCAGUGAUGAUCUGGAUCGCAGAGUCCAAGAGGCCUUGGACCGCGUAAUGCCGGGCGCAGUCGAGAAAGCCGUGCAGGCUGUGUUGGCUAAGAUGCUGGCUGGAUUUUCUGCACCGCAGCAACAGGUAGUUGCGCCUGUGGAGCGCGCGCCAGAAACUGCCCCGCCCGCUGUGAAUGGACACGCGCCAGCACAGCCGAAUGGAGCGGCAGAGUCCGCUCCAUCUGGUCCUCCGGACCUGAAGAAGUUGAUCUAUGACCAACUGGCAGAGAAUCUGGAUGUCCAAGAGGCUAAGGACGAUUCCGACCUGUUUGAUUUUGGACUGGACUCUUUGCAAGUAACCGAACUGGCCAACGCCUUGAAUGCAUACAUCAUCAAGUGGUGUCCCGGAAAGGAGUUGUUGGAGCCGAAAGCUGUAUAUGACAAUCCUUCUGUCGAGAGGAUCCUGGGUCUCAUGGAGAACGGUGUGAAGGCUUAA